AUGGCAUCGCGUGCCUUCCUGCCGCGACUCACCGCGGCCUCUCGCUCUCUCAGAACAGCACCUUCGCCAUUCCUCACAAGAUCCUUUGGUUCAUCGACGAGAAGGCUAGCUGAGGUACAGCCGGUCGUGCCGGUGAAGAAGCCUGUUGGUGCUUUUAGAGGAGGUCUAUUCGGCUUCCUCCUCGGCUCAACACUCGCCGGCGCAUCGGUCUACUACUACAUCCUGGAGGAAUACAAAGUGUCGAAUGAGCUGUUGACCGAGGACAUUUACGCACUGCAAGCCGCUGUUCAGCGCAUUCACUCCUCUGCCCAUGGUUGUCCUCCACGCUACUGCCUACCCUUCCUCGACACUGCAGUGAAAAACGAUCACGAUGCCACUGAUCGAGAACUCCCCCUCCACAACCCGCGCGCCGCCCAACCCGGCUGGGCAUACGUCCCGGACGCCUCCUCCGCCGCCUCCAAUCUACCUUCCCGCUCCCUCGCCGCAGGCGACAACGACUCGCGCAAACGGAAACGCGCAGCAGUAGUCCGCUUAGUCGACUCUCAAAACACUGGUGGCGGCUCUCUCGUGAGGAGUGAUGGCACUGUCGUACAGCAACAGGCAGGCGCAGUGGCGGGAUCGAGGUUCGGCGCAGCGCAACAGGUUACGGGGAAGCAGCAGAAGGCUAUUGAGGCGAGGUUGAAGGAUUUGGGGAGGGAGAAUUACAAGGACUCUGCGGGGACGGUCGCCAUUCCAAAGGUUGAGGGCGCCUUUGCCUCAUUGGGCGGUAGUGCUGCAGGCGGUUCAGCUGCUGGAGGAAGCGCAACGGCAGCAGCGGCAGCGAACAAAAAAGCGACGAAUGUCAAGAGGAUAUUGGGCUACAACCGCAACUUUGGUCACUACCUCGCCGACGAAGAAGCGGCGCUUGCUGCUGGUGGAGGAGGGUUUCAGGGGACUUGGGGCAGCGGCUUGUCUACGAAUGCAAACUCGAAUGCCCAUACACAAUAUGCUGCGGCGGUGGCGGAGGCGAGGAAGAAAAAGAAGAAGGCGCCGCCUCCACCUGCUGCUGCUGCUGCUGCUACAACACCGGUGAAGAAGGAGAAAGACCUUGGCGAUGUUGCCAUGACCGGCACCGACAGCGCUCAGCCAGCAUCACAAACCCCAGCCAAGCGUCCGACCGUCCCACCGGACUCCCCUACGACCGAUCCACUGCUCAAGACCCGCGAUCUCCCACCGAAACCCUCCGCUCGAGUCAUCGCGGCCCUCCUCGCGGAGCCACCUCUCUCUUACGCUGCUGCACGCGCGACGCCUCUGCCAGCAGACCAGCAACGGCCCAGACGAUGGUUCUGUGGGGUGUGUGGGUAUUUCGGCCGGGUCAAGUGUCGGAGAUGUGGCGAGCGGCAGUGUGGAUUGAAGGAGUGUUGGGGAUUGCAUGAGCAGGGUGGUUGUGUGCCGUACUGA